AUGCGUUCACAUAUGGAAUGACAUUCGCAAUCUUCAUUUGUUUCGCAGCAAACAUUUUCUAAACUUUACCCUGAUUCGCAGACAAAAUUUCAAGUGCACCACAAACAACCACGUUUAUUAGAAACUAUAAAUUAUAACUUUGAAUCAAUCAGCAAUCGCAUGUCGCGUCCCACCACAGAUAAACAUUCAAAAUCCGUUAAAAUUUGCGUGCGAACCCAUCUGUUCUUUGUUUUCGUGGGCUGAGACGGCUGCCUCGUGCGCUCGUCGGUGUGAACCACCUCCAAAACAUUCCCUACGUGUGUGCGUGUACGCGCUGUGCGCAGUAACAAGUUUUCCGUGCGCGUUCAUCAAUCGCUCCGCUUUCAUCGUUUGUCGUUGCAUAUUCAACGCAAACAUUCGUGAAUCGUGCGUUCUAAUAAUAACAACACAACUCGCACUCGUUGUGCGCUGCGGGCAUUAUUCACAUAAUCCGAUGCAAAUUCGUGCCUAGGACGAAUUGCAGCUGCAAGACACAAGAGGAAUGUCUUCGCUGGAUGGCUACACGAUAGCAUAUAUUUCAGAGUAAAAUGCAGAACUACUCCUCCCUGCACCCCGCCAACGAUCACGACGCGGACCAUGAUCAAGAACAGGAAGAAAGCAGCGUGCUCUUUCACGUUGCUGAAUCCUCACGCGCCCGAUGGCACCACAUCGUCGACCUGGACUCAUUCUUCGCACGCGUCUACCGCUACCAUCAGCGCCACGGAUUCCUCUGCAUGGUGCUGCAGGAAGCGCUCGAACUCACCCAGUAUGUCUUCAUGGUCACCUUCACCACGUUCCUCGUCCACUGCGUUGAUUACCCCGUGUUGUUCCGCGACGUGAAACCGCCGAAUCACGCCGCUAACGCCUCCGACAAAGUCGUCUUCGCCGAUUUUGUCCUCUCACCGCAAGAAUGCAGCGCCAGCUUUCAUACAUGGACGUACGUAUGUCUCGUCAUCGCUAUUUUCGUCUGGGCAUGGCGGCUGGUACGCGGUGUCAUCCAUCUGAUUCAGUUUUACGACACGCGGUUGUUUUUCAACACCACGCUGGGCAUCGCUGAUUCAGAAUUGGAUAAUCUCACAUGGACGCAGGUGCAGACGCGCGUGCGUGCCGUGCAACACGAGCAGCAGAUGUGUAUCCACAAGCGCGAGUUAACCGAGCUGGAUAUUUACCAUCGCAUUCUUAGGCAGCAUAAUUAUCUGGUAGCUAUGACGAAUAAACAGCUGAUACCACCGCGGAUACAGGUGCCGUUCAUCGGAGAGGUUGUGUAUUGGACCAAAGGUCUCCGGUACAAUAUGCAGAUGUUGUUGUUUUGGGGCCCGUGGGCACCGUUUGAGAAUUCGUGGCAUCUCAAAGAAGAUUAUAAAAAAUACGGCGCCAGGCAUGAGCUCGCCAAGCAGCUUGGGCAGAAGAUUCGAUGGGUUGCGCUGGCGAAUUUGUUAUUUUCGCCGUUGGUACUCCUCUGGCAGAUACUCUACAUGUUUUUUAAUUAUGCGGAGCUAGCUAAACGGGAACCGGGUAGUCUGGGCAUGCGCAAUUGGAGUCUUUUCGGCAGGAUGUACCUGCGCCAUUUUAAUGAGCUGGAACAUGAGAUGCAAGCGCGUUUGAGCCGCGCGCAUCGUCCAGCGACGAAAUACUUGUCGAGUUUUGGCUCGCCUGUCGCUGCGGUGAUUGCGCGAAGUGUUGCCUUCCUCGCAGGCGCUGUUCUCGCUGUAAUAAUCUCGCUCACACUCUACGAUGAGGAUGUUUUGAAUGUUGAGCAUAUGCUGUUGGUUGCUUCGGUGCUCACGGGUGUAAUAGCUGUGUGUCGUGGGUUGAUCCCAGAUGAGACCGUUUGUUAUUGUACUGAGAGUUUAUUGGCGAAUGUGUUGGCACACACGCACUAUCUGCCUCAUGAUUGGCGAGGUAACGCACACACGGUGCGCGUGCGUACGGAAUUCCAGCAGAUCUUUCAGUACAAAGUCGUUGCCAUUUUGGAAGAGAUGUUGUCACCGAUUAUCACUCCGAUUGUUUUAUGGAGGUGUGUGUAUCCGAAAGCGUUGGAUAUUGUUGAUUUCUAUCGGAAUUUUACGGUGAGUGUGGUCGGAGUUGGGGAUGUAUGCAGUUUCGCGCAGAUGGAUGUCCGGAAACAUGGCAAUCCAGAUUGGCAGGAACCGCCUGAAGGUGGGCAACCAGCGCCGCCUGAUCAGUACACGCAAGCUGAAGAUGGUAAAACUGAGUUAUCGCUGGUGCAUUUCACGCUCACGAAUCCCAACUGGGUACCGCCUGAAUCCGCGCAGCAAUUUGUCGCGUCUCUUGAGCGCGAAAAGACCGCAAUGCCUGCGUCGACGAAUCCAUUCGUUCAACAAGGUGAUUACAUCACUGGCGACUACAUGGCGGACAUGUUUGACAGCAGCAUCAACUCGAUGCCGUCGAUUACGAGCCAUGCGUGGCGCAAUGAAGGCCCGCUGAAUGCGGAUCCGAUGAAUAUGAGUCUCAGCACACUUUGCUUGCACGAUAGAUAUCAUAAACAGCAGACAACGCGCAGGGGCGGCGGGUUUGGCAGUGGAGGCGUGUCGAACGUGCAAGUCCUCCAGGCGUCCGGCAUUCGAGGCGGAAUGAGCGAAGUUGUGGGUGUCUCUAGUAGCAGGCUGCCGAAUGCGGGUGAGUCGACGCCGCUGCUCUUCGGAGCACCCACGAGUCAGUAACGAAUCUAGUCUGGGACAGUUUUGAUCUCCCGGUAAUUUUGUUUUAAACGUGUUCGACGUGUUGCCGCAACAUGUCCAAUACGGGUAAAGCGAUUUAAUUUUUGACAAAUUCAAUUUAGUUAAGUAAGAGCGGUAACGAAUUUUAGCAAUUUGUUUCUUUUUAAGUUUACGGUCGAAUUGUAAUGUGUUCGUUCGAUACACACAUACGAAAUUGUACAAAGCUUUGUGUACAUGAAUGUAAUUUUAAGUUUAAAAACCAACAAAUUUUCCUUAUAAAUAUAUAUGACUAUAAAAUUAUACAAA